UGUGUGUGUGUGUGUGUGUGUGUGUGUGUGUGUGCUUGUAGGCGUGUGUUUAUAUCUGUGUGCGCUUGCGUCUGUCUGUAUUUCUAUGUAUGUCUGUGUGUACAUGUUUGUCUCUGUGUGUGUAUGUGUGCGCUUGCGCGUGCGCGAGACAGUUCUUUCACUUUGUGCAUACACAAACAUUUACUCAUAAACACUUACAUGUCCCACCUACACAACUUCACUGAUCAACGCGCACACACGUACACACACGCGCACACAUUUGCAGAAGAUAUAUAAAUAAGAGCUGGCGAUAUGAUCGGUCGACGAUUUGACGGACAAGCAAGUUUUUGGCAACAAACCUGACAUCAUACAACGCCUAACGUACUACAGGUGGGAGCAACGUUGUGGAAACUGCAGACAACAAAAAACAAAACACACCGGCAACAAUCAUCACUAUCGUCAUAAUCGUCCUCGUUAUAGUCAACACUUCUUAUAACCUGGUGAUUUGUAUCUGUUUUAAUUAUCAUUGUAAUUAUCAUCGUUAACGUAACCUGCAACUUAGUUGAAGAACAACUUGAAAGCUUAACGGUGCAGCGAGAAAGUGAAAGCCAUCAAGCUAAGAACACCGUGAGAGACGGAGUGUGUUUAUAAAGUACAAGAUCUCCACAGUCACCUUUCUACACAAACAUGAAUUCACGCAUCUAUUUUGGACAGGGUAACAACAUCAAAUGCUGUCUGCACUCACUUUGUCUGCUGUUUACUUCGAUUAUAGCCGUAACGCAUGCACGUGUUUGUCGGUCAAACAUCGAUGCUUCUGGUACAAGUGGUGUCAAAAUAGAACCUGUAGCUGGCAGUUUGUUUGAAAUUGAUUUUAAAAAUGAAUUUUAUGAAAAGGGCACAAUUGAAUUUGAGUUCCGUACUUCAUCUAAGGAUGCACUGUUGCUUUAUAUGAAUCGGCGAAACGACAAAUCAGAAAUCAUGGCAAUUCAAAUAUUCCAUGGUUACCUCGUCUAUACAAUUCGAUGUAGCCAAAGCCAUGCAACAUUGACCAUUCCCAAGAUACAUGUUAAUGAUGACAAAUGGCACAAAAUUCGAUAUUCAAGAGAGAAUGUGCAAGCUAAAUUUGAGCUUGAUGGUAAAGAAUACCACAGUGAAUAUCAACUGAGCUGCGGAGGAUUUACAUCAAUGGUUUUUGGCAGUGUUGGAAAAGCUGAUUGGGGUCGCAAAGUGAUAACAUCAUUGGAGGUUGUAUACAGAACUGCGCAACAGUUUAGUGGAUGCAUAAGAAAUUUAAAAGUUUCCACGGAAAAUGAAAUAUCUCCAUAUUAUGUCAAAGUGACAUCAUGUGUAUAAUAUUCUAGUGCAAAUCUACCCUAUUUAUGUUGAAGACAGCUGGAUGCUUUGAAGAUAUAACAAAUGAAUAUUUGGUCAGAGGCUUCAAACAAACUUUACAUGUAUUGAAAUUCUGAAGAUUCAAAAAACAUCACACAGAAAGAGUGUUGGGUCAAGAUGAACUUUUCAUUCCUACUAGAAAUAUCUAAGUAAAUCAAUAUGCUUACAUAUAUAUAUAUAUAUAUAUAUAUAUGCAACCUAGAGAGAGAGAGAUAUAUAUCCAUAGAUGUAGAUACAUGUAAAUUGAUGCACUGAAUGGGUGACAAGAUACAUACACACAUGCAUACCCGUGCUCAUACACACACACACAUACAUAUACAUGUAGAUUUAUUGAUGCACCAAAUCUGAAAGUUACAAUAGGGAUUAGGGUUCAAUUUUCAUCUGGUUUAAACCCCUCCAUUUUCAUAUAAUGCAUUUAUUAGUAUGGAAUUAAGUUAUAACAUAGUGACAAGAGCCACAAAUAGUUGAAAUGAACAAAAGACAGAAAACAAGUAAUUGAUAUUUCAAAUAUUUCAUUAUGUUCAUUUUAAUAAUCAAUAACUAAUCAACUCUGUUACAGAUGAUUUCAUCAAAUGCAAGAUAUCAAAAUAUAAAACCCAUCAUAAUAUUCCCUGCAUACAUAGGACAAAAAAUAAUACCACCUAAAAGCAAAUAAAUAAGGUGAAUAUUACAAUGGGUUUUAUACUUCAAUAUCUUCCAUCUGAUGAAAGCAUCUGCAAUCAAUUUGAUUAAUACUGAAUACUGAAAGAUAUGUAAUGAAAUAUAUGACACAUCAAUAACUUGUCAUUUGUUUUUUGUCAAUUUUAGAUUUACAUACAUACAUACAUACAUACAUACAUGUAUUUGGUUUGCAAGAUUCCUUAUGUGAAUUCGUGUGUUGGAACAAAUCUUGUCGUGUCUAGGGAGGGACAUUAGGCUAAUAAAAAUUAAAUUACACACACUUGUUCAAUACCACAUCUAUAUUUUACCUAUUAUUUAAUGGAUACUGAAGUGGUGGUGAACCAGUGUGUAUCUUAAUUUUUAUUGGCAUGACUCCCCCUAGACAAAACGGCAUUAUAUAUAUACAUGCAUGCAUGUAUUUGUGUGUGUGUGUGUGUGUGUGUGUGUGUGUGUGUGUGUGUGUGUGUGUGUGUGUGUGUGUGUGUGUGUGUGUGUGUGUGUGUGUGUGUGUGUGUGUGUGUAUUUUAUAUACAUAUUUACAUAUUUAAGCAUUUAAGUAUAUCAAUAGAUUUUGUUACCUGAAUAUUCUUCUUAGCAAUUUCCUAUUCUUUAGACAAAUUAUGCUUGAAGAUUGAAGACAUUAAAUUCAGAGUUAUAAUGUGAAGUCACACUUUUAAUGUGUGUGUGUGUGUAUGUGUGUGUGUGUGUGUGUGUGUGUGUGUGCAUGCAUAAUAUGAGACGUUAUGAUAAACACAAGUUCAAAUCAUCUGUUCCCUGUAUAUGUUUCACCUGUUUCACCACUACAUUGGAUGUUCCAAGUGAAAUUGGAUACUUAAUCACAAUGAAAUUAAACCACUGUACUGGAAGCAAACUGGAUGAUGAUAAUCUACAUAGAGCUCCAUACACAACAGUAGCAGUCGUCAUACAUCUGACUACACACACAAAAUAUAUGAUAUAUAUAUAUAUAUAGAGAGAGAGAGGAGGUGAAUGAAGGAAGAUUCUUGUAUAAAUACAUUUUGACAUAAAUUAAUAUUACAGAACAUAGAAAAUUGCAAAAUGAUUUAUGCAUUUGUAUGUAACAUGGUUGGAGUUUCUCCAUAACAUGGAUUUGUUUUAAACUUUUACUGCAUUUUAUAAUGUGUUGUCUCUAAAUCCUGUUAUGGUGGUUAUGGAUAUUUUGAUAUGUCAACAAUUAAAAAAAAAUGUGUAUGUAAUUGGUUGAAGAGAAUCAACAACGUAAUAAUUUUCUUCUGAAGUAAAUGCUAUCAAAUAUUUUCAGGUGCAAUAACUGGUGUCAGAUAUAUCCAGAUGUUAUAAUUUACUUUAGAUCUCGGUAAUUUAUGUCAAAAGCUACAAAUAAAAUACUUAUUAUGAAUACUGAUAUUUAACCAUUUUGAUACCAACCUCAUGAGACUGUCCUUAGUUUCAAUGUUACAAACUUUGUGUUUCAAAGUGAUCUAAAAUAUAAUCUUCCAUUAAAAUUUCGUGUAAAAUUGUUCCAAACACCAGCAUAAUUAUGACAAAGUUAGUUUAGUAAUUUUACUAAAUUCUUCAUUGUUUACUAAAUUUAUUCAAACAAACGUCGUUUAUUUCAAAAGAAAUUUGGUAACAAAAGGGUUAAGGUGUGCUAAACACAAGCAACAUCCAACAAAGUUAACAUUCUUUAUUUUGCAUUUACUGGUUCUAUGCAGCUAUACAGGGCAGCACCUUCAGGAACUUAGUCAACUUUCUUGGUCCCAGUACAUGUUAGUGUUGUUCAUAUUUGAGUCUUGUACUUUAUUAAUUCCUAUUUUACAAACUCAUCUUCUCUGUCCACUAUCCCAGAGAGAACUGAAAGGUUAGAGACUCAGACACCUCCUCCAUCAAAUCUUAUCAGAUGCAACCCUCAUUACACUUUCUGGCUGGAUUCCCAAGCAUGAUCAAGUGAAAUUAUGGAUAUUAUCCAACCAUCUUGUUCUUGGUCUAUCUCUAGGUCUCCUGUUGGUUGGCUUAGCUUGAAGACUCCAUCUUGUGAUUCUUUCAUGUGUCAUUGUAAUCAAUGUCCUUAGUACCAGAGCUGUGAUCUCUCAAAAUGGAGAAGUUCACUGGGAGAGACUCCCUAAUCUCUGAGCUAUGCAUCCUGUUGAGUAAUAUUACUCCAGAGACCCUUCAGAGAAACCCCAUUUCAACCACGUGUAUUCUCGAUCAUACUCUUUUAGUCAUUACCCAACUUUCAUAACAAUAAGUUAAAUUUUAAAAGUAAAGGGACAUAACUGAACACCCUGGUUUCAAUCUUACAUUCUUCAUUCCUCAUGACAAUUGACUUUAUGAAACUCUUGCACAAACUUUGUAAUGCAAUAAUUGUUGAUGAAGUGUAUUACCACCAAUUUCUUUAGUUUAUGGAUUUAAGCGAAUACAUAUCUAACUUUUAAGUGUGUAGUGUGAAGGAUGUCACAUUAAGUGCAUAUUACCUACUUGUAUCAAAUUUUAUUCACCCUUUAGCAUUUAAACUGACCAUAUCUGGCCCAAAUAUUCUAGCCGUUUUAUGUUCAAAUUGGUGAGAUCUGGCUUCUCUUAUUGACCUUACACUUUCAUUCUAAAAAUAAAGAGUCGCAUCAUCAAAAUCUCAAACCUGCAGGAUAAUGCUUGAUUAAUCAAAGUAAUGUGAAUACAUAAGCAAUACACAUCACAUUUGACAAAUCAUGGAAAAAAAAAUAUAUAUAUAUAUAUGUAUAGGGUACAGCAAAAAACUUCAUACAUUUUACAGGCUGAUAAAUAUUUCAACAGGAAAUGCAUGCAGUCCAAAUGUUGAUGGUAACUGAAUAUGAAAUGGCAUAAACUUUAGGGCAGUACUGCCACCUGCCUAAAUCCACUAGCACCAUACAAACAGCUAUGUUAAAUAUUGGAAGUUUUUUCUGUCACACCCUGUAUCUGCGUGCAUGCGUGCGUGUGUGUUUAUGCAUAUGCGUGUCUUCUUGUCUUGACAUAGUGCCAUAGUCAUAAAUGAGUGCCACCAUCAAAGAAGAAGUGUCCUUUGUUUCCAAACUUCUGUGUAAGUAUGUCCAGCCAUGGAGAGAUAUUACUUUACCUGGAAAUAGUUGAGGAUUGGUGACAUGAAGGGUAUCUGACCUUAAAAAAAUUUGGUUCAACAAAUUCUGUCUGACCCAUGCAAGCAUGGGAAAGUGAAUAUAAAAUCUAUGAUAAUGGUUAUCAAUUAAAAAUAAUUUUAUUUUACAUUUCCCAAUAAUCAGUUUACUUUUAAACUAGAUUUUUAGUUUUAGUACUUCUAAUAGAAUAUAAAUAAUCACAACCACAAACUUAGAUAAGAAUGAUCUAUUUCUGCCAUAUGGAAUUCUUGCUUUUUCAUGUUACCUGUUUAUACACAUAGCAUAGUAUAAUAAAAUCAAUGUCGAUAACAGGAACCAAAUAUUGAUUUUAUUAGUGUUCACUUGUAUGUCAAAUGUUUAAAUCCCAGGCGGGGAGCUGGCAGAAUCAUUAGCAUGCCAGGCAAAACGCUUGGCGGCAUUUCAUCUGUCUUCACAUUCUGAGUUCAAAUUCAGCCUAGGUUGACUUUGCCUUUCAUAAGUACCAGUUGAGUACUGAGUCAAUGUAAUGGACUUACCCCUUUCCCCAAACAGGGUGCCCUUGUGUCAAAAUUUGAAAUCAUUAUUUACACAUAUGUUAGGCAGCAAGAUGGCAGAACUGUUAGCAAGCUGGACAAAAUGCUUGGUGGCAUUUCUUCCAGCUUUAUGUUUCUGAGUUCAAAUUCUGUUGAGGUCAACUUUGCUAUUCAUCCCAAAAAUAUCCGACCUUUGUGCCUAUAGUAGAGAGAACUGUUUACUCAUAUGUAUUUUUAACAAAUGAAAAAAAUAUUUGUUGUUAAAUUAGUAGUUGUUCUUGAUUAAAAUUUUUUCAAUUAAUGUCAAUUUAUGAUCUUUUUCAUAUUAGAAAUAAAUUUAUUAUAUCCUCUAAUACUGGCAUACAUUUCUAAUACCUAAAUUGUUGUAAAAUUAAUUAAUUUCAAUUAAAGUAUUUAUAAUAGUACAAUUUUGUAAAUAAAAAAAAAAAACUCAACUUUUCACUUUAAUACUACUAAAUUUUUACAACUUUAUAACUAAAAUCAUUUUUAUGACUUUAUGUAAUUAAAUUCAUUUUAAAAUACAAAACAUUUUUGAGAUUGUGCUAAAUUAUCUCAGCCUUAACUUUGAAUACCUUUUUUAAGUCUUCCCUAAUAAUAUUAUUAAAACAAAGAUCUUUCUUUUAUAAUUUCAUCUACCAAUAACAAUCCCUACAAUCACAUUUAUAUUAAGCUUCUCCAUAUACGCACAACUCAAUUUUCACCCUAUGUGGAAUCAAAAAAGACUUCACUUUGGCCAUUUCUAUUGGUCCAUCAUUGUUAUUUUAAUUUUUUAUGAUAAUUCUAUUUUUUCCAUUAUGACUAUUUUUCUCAUCAACAUCCAUAACAUGCCUUUAUAUAUAACAAAUAUCUAUUCAUUUACCAGCCUGAAAAGCUUUGUUUGGCAAAACUUCAACUUCAGUGUUUAGAAAAUAAAUAUUUAACUUUAUAA